CGCUUAGGGCUCUCGCUCUCUCCUCUCCUCGGUUUUAAGCAAAGCAAAGCUUUGAAAAAAGUUGGUUGAAGUCUUUCUUAAAGUAAAGUUUAAGCGGCCGCUGCACCUUUCAAGUAACAAGUAAUCCAUGAUGCCUUAAGUUGAGCUCAUCAACAAACAGCUGUUCAACUGGAUAGAUGUUUCUCUUUCUGCAGUAUGAUGGAAGAUGAAAAGUGUGAUAUCCGAGGUGUUCAUGAUGAGUCUACUUCAAAAUCUAGAAAGUCAGUGACAAAUUCAAGAAAAAAAUCAUUAACAGACGAUGGAACAAGGACAAAAGAUAAAGGGGAGAAAAGAACAAAAAAAAGGAAAGGGAGUGAUUCAAAUAAGAAGCCGAAAAAAGAAGAUGGUGGUGACGCAAAAGUAACAAAUUUAAAUCGACUCUCUUCUGACACGCCUGAUAGUGAAUUAAGACUGGAUCAGUCAGAUUCUCCUAUAACAGAUGACGUAUUUGAAGGUUCAAAUAGUUCCCAAGAAAGUAAUGAAUUGUUGUCAAUGUCAUCGCUUCUGAAAUCAGUAUUAGAUCGUAAGAAAAAGCUUCUUCUUGAAUCUGACGAGAUACAACAGUUCUUCACAACUCACAUGAUCAAAAAAGAACAUUAGGGUUGGCAUAAUAGCUCAGAGUACGCAUUGAGAAAUCUGUCACCUAACGUCAACUUGUUAUCUGAUGUCAAAUUGCCCUGGAUUUGAUUCACCUAUAAUUUCGGUGACAAUGUUGAAUUUCUUACUGGGGUGCCAAACGAACAAAAGUCUGAAGGGUGGCAUUGCGGUCUUUACUGCAACCAAGCGAGGCAAAUCCAGCAAAAUGUAUGUCACUACCCAGUGAGCAAUGAAAUGUAAGACUGAUGUCAGAACAAUAUCAGUUAUCAGAAACAUGUCAAUUUCAGGACCACAUUUUUAUCAAUCUGAUGCGAAAACCGACAAAUUUCUGAUAUCUGACCUCGUUUUGAUAUCGGUCUGAUACUGCAUUGCUCACUGGGUGUGUGGUGUGUGUCCUGUUGUGCUCAAAGUGAGUUGAGUUGAGUUAACUCAAACUGAGUCCAUGGUGAGAUUUUGAUGUUUAUUUGGCCAACACAACUUUUAAAGGGAGUCUACUGCAGAACCACUGUGGUCACAUCAGAAUCAUGGUGUUUAUUCUUUUAAAAUAUGAACUGUCAUAGAAUUUACAAGUCUUUAAAUAUCCAAUGACACUAUAUGUACCGGGAGCCAUAUACUGUGAUACAGUAGUCAAUUAAGUACCAGUAUACAUUCAGAAUGCUGGUCAUAUCCCUUACAAUUAUGCUUUCAAAAAUAACAUCCCUAUUUUCUGAUGUAAUUACCAAUUUAAAUGAAUUUUAGGAAUUUGAUAGCAGGCCCUUCAAUUAUUUUUUUAAGUCAACUCAAUACCAAUGGGACAUGUAAUUGGGAUUACAAAAGAGACAAUUUCAAUUGUUAAUGUUGAGCCGUUAUUGUGAUAAAUGUCAACAACAAUAAUUUAAAUAGCUGCCAAAAAUGAAUUCUGUACGUCAGCUAUUUUUAAUAAUCUUUCAAUCUGUGUAGACUUGGAAGUCAAUUUUUUACAUUUUAACUAUUGUUUAGAAGUAUAGUGUGUUCACUACUUGUUUGUUUUGUUUUACUGAUUUUCUGUUAUCAAUUUUCUGGGGAGUUAUUUUUUAAGGUCAAUGUUUAAUAAAACUGCUGUCAAUUACAGACAAUUUUACCAGGA